AUGGCUAUCCUGCUUUUUUCGUGGGUUUUAUCUCAAAUUGCACUUAUUGCAGGAGAUUGUCCAAGGCACUGCCUAAUCUCUAUGCCCAGUAAAUCUACUUGUUGUGCGUGUGGAUCAGACUGGGUGACAACUGAAUGUAUACGCAAAUGUCUAGAGGAGGAACAACAUGUUUGUUAUAGCUGCCUUGGUUAUCUAAGUACACGGUACGAUCAGGAUAUGUUUCUCAGCUGUUCUAGAUGCCAUGAAUAUGUAAAUCAGACUACUGGUGAAUGUAAAUCUUGUCCUGAUGGAUGUGUUUCUUGUUUGGACGAUACAUUUUGUUACGAAUGUAUAAACGGCUUGUACGGUAACACGUGUAAUAAAAAAUGUGGUAACUGUAUACUUGGCAUUCUAAGCGAGUUGAGGUGUAACAAAGUGACCGGCACAUGUAUUCAUGGGUGUUUGGAUGGCUAUUACACUCACCUUUGUGAUCAUGUAUGUGGACAUUGUUUACCGGACGAUUUCAAUGUAGUAAAAUGUCAUCUGAACACUGGAUAUUGCACUAAAGGUUGCGUUGAUAGCUAUUUCGGUCGACGCUGUGACAAGAAAUGUGGAAAGUGCCUACCUGACGAUAAGGGAGCGGUCAAAUGUGACAUAGAGACAGGAAGUUGUUUCAAUGUUUGCAUCGCAGGUUUCUUUGGUGAAGCCUGUGACCAAAAAUGUAACAGUAACUGUUUUGAUUCAAAAACAAAUACAAAUGUAUGCGAUAUAUUAUCGGGAAAAUGCAAUUAUGGCUGUAUGUUAGGUUGGUAUGGUGGCACAUGCAAUGAAACUUGCGGCGUCACUUGUUCUACUAGAUCCUGCAGUCAGAACGUGGGUUUCUGCGACAAUGGAUGUGUUCCCGGUUGGUAUGGUGGCACAUGCAAUGAAACUUGCGGCGUCACGUGUUCUACUAGAUCCUGCAGUCAGAACGCGGGCUUCAAUGACAAUGGAUGUGUUCCCGGUUGGUAUGGUGACACGUGCAAUGAAACUUGCAGCGAAACGUGUUCUAAAAGAGCCUGCAGUCAAAAAUCGGGCUACUGUGAUAAUGGAUGUAUUUCUGGUUGGUAUGGUGACACAUGCAAUAAAAUUUGCAGCGACAUCUGUUCUCUAAGCUCCUGUAAUCAAAAUUCGGGCUUCUGUGAAAAAGGAUGUGUUCCUGGUUGGUAUGGUGACACAUGCAAUGAAACGUGCAGCGACACAUGUUUAUUUAGCGCCUGCAAUCAAAAUUCGGGCUUCUGUAAAAAAGGAUGUAUUUCUGGUUGGUAUGGUGACUCGUGUAAAGAAUCAUGCAGUAGCACCUGUUAUGACAAGUCAUGUGAUCAAUAUUCAGGCCGCUGUUACAACGGGUGUGCGUCUGCAUACUAUGGAGAAACAUGCGAAUUCAGUUGCGUCGACACUUGUAAAGAACGCGUUUGUGACACUGAAGCAUCACAGUGUUUGCGGGGAUGUGUAACAGGAUAUCAAGGAGCAUUAAUAUGUGUAUGCAAUAAUCAAUUUUUAUUCUUUUAAUUUUCAGUUGAAAUCAGUUUCACUGAAAGAAUCAGCACUUCCUUCUGUACCGUUAAAUAUCUGUUCUUUUGGUUCAACUUUUUGUCUUAAAAGGAAGCAAAUCUAUUUAAAACCAAGUACUUGCAAAUUUUUCGUGGUGAAAAUUCUUUAAAGAAAGGUUUUAAGAAAUUAGAUGUAGGGAUAUGUUGUACAGAUCAAUAUAAUUACAUUUUUAUUACUCCUAACUGGGUAAUACCACAAAGUUGUAUUCUGUACAAGAAAAAAUGAAGUAUCUUCACUAUUUUAUAGUGAGUAAUUAUACUUUAUUGCCGAAAUGUUAUAGGUUAUUUUAAGUACAUAGUAGACAGAAAUACCAAAUGGAGUGACACAACGGCAAAAAGUACACAGAUGAAUAUAUCCUAUUUUAAGAGCAUUAAUAACAGACAGAUGUGUGUUAUUUAUUAACUUUCGACUGAUAAAUUCGAAAUUUUGACGUAGUAAUUAAAAUUUCGAGCUAUGCAACAAGAAAUUUUGAGCAAAAAGUCGAAAUCCAAGCUACGCAAGUCGGAAUUUCGAGUUGAUAACUCAGAAAUUCGACUUAGUAUCUUGUCUCCUUAUUCUCAUAAUUUGAAAGUCUUUUAAAGGCAAAAAUAUUAUUUCCCAUGUGCCCCUCCAAACAUUGUUUCAGGCAUAGGCGGGCAUCUAGGUAGAACCAUCGAAAUGUGAAGUGGAUUCAUCUAACUACAUAUCAGUAUAUAGUACAUACAGGUAGAGACUUGAAUAUAUACUAGAAUACAUCAAUAUAUGAUCUAACCUAGCCCCUUUAGCAACUCUAGGUUUCAAACUGUACCUACAUUUCUAUGUAUAGUAUGUUCCGGUAUUAGUGGGGUCGAACCAGAACAAAAACUGUCCAGAUAUGGUGAAAACAGUGAAAUAUUCCGAUUUACAACACUAUCCGAUUAUCUUCUAUGACCUCUCCUUAAAAUCUAGUGUUAUUCAUCACGGUACCCAAUCAUGGUCUCAAAGGUUAGCCAAGACACAUAACUAUACUUUCAUUUCUAUAUCUCCUUGACAUUUUGGUUAUAUUUGUCUUUAUUGCGAAAAAAAUAAUGCGUCUAAAUCCAUUUUCAUUUUCUUCACAAUAGUGACAAAGCAAGGAAAUUGAGCUCACACAUGCUUGUAAGUACUUGAAAUAUACCUAUCUGAGGAAAGACAUGUCAUUCCUUGCGAACACAGGUAUGAUGGAAAAUCUCAAAACUCUAUAUAUUGUUAUUAACAAAACUGUCAUUUCAUAAAAAUCACAUUUGUCAAAUAUUUAAGGACUGAGAAAACAAAUGUCUAGACUUUAGUUAAUGUGAAAACUUGAGGUUCAAUCUGUAUUAAAUGACGACGGUUAGUGUUAAUAAUGAUCCCGGUUAAUUUUCGAGGGCUGAGGCAUAUGUUGUAAAUGAAAAUGUAUUUUGUUUUUAAGUCAAUAAUCGAUUAAUAGUUAUUUGAUAUCUUUAGCACGCAUUCUUAUCCUGACAUUCUUGUAAAAUUUCAGCAAUUGAAACCGGUGCUGAUUCUGUUUUAGUUAGCAUAACGGGCCGUCUGGCUGGGGUUAUAAUAUUACUUAUAUUUGGCUUCAUUCUUUGGCUGUUAAGAAGAGUAGUCAUCAAAGGCAAGCGUUAUGGCAACCUUCAAAUGUCUACUAGAAACACCGCUGCGUCAAUAUAUGACGAGAUAAUAGAUAUAAAUGAUAAAAUAGAUGAACACCGUGUUAGUGAGAGCCAUUCAUACAUGGAAAUUGGUGCAGCCCAUCCAAGGAGUACACAUGAAUCAGUAUCCAACACGCGUAUCUGUUGUGAUAACGAUCUUGCUGGUAAUUAUGCAUCAACGCUUGCAAUUGUAGAAACCAUUAAAAACACCCCGCUUGUUUAUGCAAACGCUAUCAACAUGUCUGCAUUGCACUCAGAAGACAAUAAAGACGAUAAAAGCGAUGGCGAUGAAACUCAAAUAUCCAGUUUCAUUUCUUCUGGUAAGAUUCAUAGAAAACGUUCAACCCGAUCAAGAAAAUAUUAUGAAAUACCUGACGAAAUACCUGGCGUUAAAUAUAAUAUUAAAAUUGAAAGCAACUAUACCAGUGACAACUAUGAAAUUUCUAUAUCCAGUGCAAGUACUAGUGAUCAGAAAGCCAAAGCUCCUGAAGCAGGCAAUGCAAAUCUAUCCAGACAAUUUAACAGAAUGACUGGCUUAGCUCAGAGCCAAACAAGAGAUUCAGAGAAAACACAGAACAAACAAUUGCUGUCCAAAAGAAAUAAGGAAAAAGAUGCUAAUGGCAUAAACCAAACACAACAAAAGGCUGAAGAAGAUACAUGCAACACAAAUCCGUCUGGAUUUAAUAUAGAAAUGCAGUUUGAAACACAUCAAACGCAGGAGGAGAUAUCUGAAGGGGACAGUGACAGCUUAAAUUAUAUACAUCCAGUGAAUUGAAAUACUAUAGUAACAUUCAAAAACAAGAACAACUUUCCCUUCGGAAAUGAGAAAAGGGAGAAAUAAGUUUCAGAAGUAUUAAGAUGCACACUUGCAGGGUUAAUUAGGAAAUUGUCAAUGGAAACCAAUUCAUUUGUUAAAGUAUUUUAUAUUAAUACAUGUAUCAUUUAAAAAAAUAUUUAAAUUUUUAAAUACGUAUUACCUGGCAUAAAAGGAUGACUGACUUGAAGACGUAAUAUAUUUAUAUUUUGCGACACAGCGCAUGUUCGUCGUACUGUUGUUUUACAGCUACCCUUUUCUAAAUGAUUGAUGCAGAAGACUCAGUGAUGGGCAGUACUAAAAAGCCUACUUGGAUUAAGUUGUUUUGAUAUUUGUCUUUUUGCCAAAUUCGUCGGGUCCUUAAUGUUUCGUCUUGAUGCUCUGCUUUCUUCAUAGUUUUAUGGUAUAUAUGUAUUAACACAUGCAUAUAUGUACAUAUCGUGUCUUUUAGUACCAUAAAGAGUGAUAGGGUUCGCUUGAUGAAACAAAUAUAUAUUCAAUGUCCUGUAACUUGUGAUUUUUUUGUAUUUUCUAGCAAACAUAUUGCACAUAUUAGAAUUUGUUUUAAUAUAUAUCAUUAACCAGAGUAAACCAUUCGUAUAAAACAGACGUCGCGUUCGUGGGUUAUGCCUUAUCUUCGGGUGUUAAUAUUUUUUCAUGUUUCUUUGUAUGUUAUUUAUGUACAUAUAUGUUUUUAUCAAAAUUGUGUACGUAUCCCUUCUAAAUAAGAAGUCAUAGAAAAUAUUUUCAUUCCAC